CUCAAAACUAAGGAAAAUUCAUACUGACACAAAGUUGCACACACGCUUUGAUUCUCCCCUAAGCCUCUGGCACAGAUUGAUUCUCUUACAGUCCACAGGAGGAGCAAACACUGUGACACAAGUACACCUCUGGUGAAAACAAAACUGUGUUUUUAAAGUCAGUGAUCUUAUUGCUUAGACAUGCCGCGCAGAAAGAGAAGUCAUGGUCCUAAGAAAAAUGACAAGAAUAGUGACACUUCAUUACAAAAAGUCAGUGUUCCUCAGACCUCAAGAUUCCAGUCUCAGCAGGUCACACCCACCACAACAUCUCAGGUCUCCACAGCGAAACCUGCACAAUAUGAGAAAGGACCUACACAAUCGUCUACUGCAGCCGCAGCUGUUAAACCCGGCACCAGCCCUGCAACCCCAGCAGCUCCUUCAGUAGCUGCAUCUACUGCGGGAGCUGCAGGUGGUGGAGGCCCCGCCACCACUCAGAAAGGACCUUCUCAAGUCACGCCACAGGCGACAGUCUCUAAACCCACACCUGCGACUUCUGCUAAAGUCCCAACUGUGAGCUCCGCUACUGGACCUGCUGGAACGACAGGUGGAACAGGAGUGAAGCCUACAGACCCUGUGAAAGACAAGGCCCAGAGUACAACCGUUCCUUCAUCCAAACCGGGACCUGCUAAAGUGGAUCCGGCUGUUGGAAAGCCCUCAGCCACGGCUGGUGCCCAAAAGCAAACAAGCGCUCAAAAGGUGCAAGUGGAAGUGGGUCCUCCAGGAGCUAAAGUCAGUACGGAGGAUGUAGAUCCAUUUGAUGCCCUGUCUGGCACUUUACCAUCAUCACAACCUCUGGCUCCUAAAGUCCCAAAAUACACUGGACCAGAGAUUACAGAGCCAAAUAUAAAACCAGAGAAGGGUGUUUUGUGUGGUGAGAGAGAUGACACACUGCCGCCCGGAUACAGAAAGGAAGACAUGGAAAAGAAAAUACCUGCUGGAGCUCCUGAGAAGCCUAAAGAUGUUCCAAAGCCAAUAAGCACAGACGAUGCGCUGGAGUCCCUCUCUUCUGGGUUUGUGUCUUCAGCUCCUCCUAAGAAGACAGAUGUGAAAACUGAAACGAUAGGAGCAGUCGAUGUUCGUUCAGCAGGCAUGUCCAACUUUGCUCCCCCUCCACCCUCUCAGCAGAAACAACCGGCGACGUCUCAACCUGCUACUGUAACUAAAUCACCUGCUCCACCGGCUGACAAGAAAGCCAAACUGGAGAUCUCCACACAAUCUACUAAACCAAAGACAGAUGAGUCAGACUCCAUGUCGCUGGACGCUCUCAGCGCAUUGGGCGACACACUGGGCGCUCCAGAACCACCCAAAAAAUCACCUGAACUCAAACCUGGGCAGAUAGUUGAUGAGAAGAAACAGACAUCAGAGAAGGGUGUUCUUGUCGGGGAGAGAGAGGACACACUCCCACCAGGUUACAGAUUCUCAGAGGAAGAGCUUAUGAAAUAUCCUCCUCCUAAAAAAGAGCCCUCACUGAACACAGAUGAUGCACUGGACAUUCUUUCUGAAGGUUUCACGGCCCCCGUGGCAGCACCUGUUGUUAAGGCAUCUGUUCCUCCUGCACAGGAAAAGAAGAAACCUGAUGCGGUUCCUGAGAAGACUAAAGAUCUUCCUAAGGAAACAAAGAAGCCUGAUGCGGUUCCUGAGAAGACUAAAGACGUUCCCAAGGAAACAAAGAAGCCUGCUGGGGUUCCUGAGAAGACUAAAGACGUUCCCAAGCAUAAAGUGGAUGAAUUUUCAGCACUGGAUGCUCUGGCAGGUGAUUUCGUGGCUCCCGCACAGUCUGCUUCUAAGGUUUCUUCAGCUGCUCCUAAAAACGUUAUCCCUCCAGGCCCUAAGCAAAAACCAGAGACAGAUGAGGAUGCUUUCAGCGCUCUGGGCGACACACUGGGUGCACCAGAACCACCGAAAAAACAACCUGAACUCAAACCUGGGGACAUCGUUCAUGAGAAGGAUGUGACAUCAGAAAAGCGUGCUCGUGACGGGGAGAGAGAGGACACACUCCCACCAGGUUACAGAUUCUCAGAGGAAGAGCUUAAGAAAUAUCCUCCUCCUGAGAAAGAGCCUUCCCUAGACCCUACUGAAGCUCUGGAUAUUCUGUCUGGAGAUUUUACCAGCCCCACUGUCCUAUCUGUUCCCACUCCCCCUGUUUGUUCUUCCUCUAAGCCUCCUGCUAAGCAUUCAGAUUCAGCUUCAGAUUUUGCUUUAGAUGCUCUUGCAGGUGAUUUUGUCGCUCCUUCUUCUGCAUCCAAAGUUCAGUCUGCUGUUUCUGGCCCUCCACAUGCUGACAGACAGUUGUCAGAAGGUACCUCAUCAGCUUUGGAUGCCCUCUCAGACACUCUAGGAGACAUAAAAGCAGCCCCUGAGCCCGCCCCUGUCCCGCCUAAAGCCAUAGUUAAGGAAAAGGAUAUAGUGGAGGAGAAAGUUAGUAAACCAGGUGAGAGAGACGACAGCCUUCCACCAGAAUAUAGGUUCUCAGAGGAAGAACGCAAGGCAUUUAUAUCAGCAAAGCAGAAAGACGUCAAACCAAAGCAGACAUCAAUCGAUGACACAACGGCCCUUGACAUGCUGUCUAGUGAUUUUUCUGCAGUACCGGCUGUGAAGCCCUCCGCACCUGAUGCCAAACACUUCAUCCCUGAACCAACACCGCCAACCCAUAAGGCAACAGGUCCAGUGUUGGAUGAGCUGGCAGGCAAAUUGAUUCCCAACCUGACUGAUCCCAAAGCCAAAGACAGCAAACCAAAGGCAAAGGGGGGCAAACCAAAGUCUAAACCAAAGAAACAGUCAGUAGAAGAUUCCUCAGCCACAGACAAGCAGCCCGGUAAAGUGAGCUCAGAUGUGGUGCCUUCAUCUUCCACAAAGGGCGGAAACAGAUAGAUUGCACAUUUAUGGUGCGUCUCCUCAUCCCUAACACAAGAAACCAUUAAAGGGAGCUGCUCGGACAAGAAAUAUAUUUUAUGGUGGACACGGAAUGAAACGAAAAAAAUAUAACUGCACAGAGACACUUAAACAUGUAUUUUUUAGAGCCCCCCUCCCCUCCCUCUUUUCUCCUAAAGCGAAGCAAAAAUAAAUCUAAUGAUCUUUUUUGUCUCCUUGUGACUUAUAGAACAUGUAUAUACAGAAAGCGCAUGUAUUGUUCUAUUUUCAGUCGUCUAUUUUUGGUGUGGUGUUGUGAUAUAAUUUUUCCCACAGUAAAAAAUAUUAUGCCAUAUACUUUUUUUUUUUUUCAUCUUUAACUGGGGGUCUCUACAGUCUUCCGGCUCACAGACAUGAGAGUCUAAUGCUGUUUGAGGAUCUAUUGAGACACUAGUGUACAUAGAUGCCGCAGGUUAGGAAUUCAUGGUUUACAGUGCAGGGAUCGCAGUAGAUGGCCGUGAUUAUGAUGCCUUUUGAAUGUUUGUAUGAUGACACUAGUCAAAAAAGGUUUGUGUGGGAGGUGUUUUUUCUGUGUAGUUUGUUUCCUCAAGUGCACUUACAAGGAUGCUCUCGAAAAUAACUGUAAAACAAUUUUGCAAACACUAAACGCCCCAUGUGCCUGUUGUUCAUCACAAAAGCCUUGGAAAAUAAUUGGGACAAUUUCAUGUUGCACUGCAAAAGUGUUUUCCACUUGAUUUCGGAGGUUAAAUAAGAACUGUUUAGCUUAAACACAAUGUUUGAAAUGUUUUCAGAGCCACUAUUAAGUUCGAUGUGGUGGGCAAAGUCAGUCUUUCAACUCCGUUGUGUUGGUUUAAGGGCAACCACAACAUUGCCAUUUUGUUUAACAUCAGGACUCACUUUUUGACACUUUAAAAUGUUUAAAUAGCUUCCAUAGCUGACAGUAGAAACAAAAACAUGACUUUUAAACUCAGCAGUGUCUUCCAUAUUUUUUGCUCAUAAAAUCUUGAAGAAAUCUGGAUAGAGACGUUGUGUACUAUUAAUUGUGACAGGACGGUAUUUUCAAGAAGGGAUUUUUACUCUUAAAAAAUAAAACUAAUAAAAUACAUAA